UCAGCUCCAGGGACGUGGACUCCUCUAGCAGCAGCUCCGACACCGCCUAUCCUACUGGAACCAGCUCGGUCAGCUCAACCAUCGUUUAUCCUACAGAAAGCAGUUCAAGCGUCCCCUACCCCACUGAGACCAGCAGCUCCAGUCUCGUAUAUCCGACUGAGUCCAGCAGUUCCAGCCUCGUAUACCCGACUGAGUCCAGCAGCUCCAGCCUCGUAUACCCAACUGAGGCCAGUUCCAGCGCAUCCACCAUUGUCUAUCCCACGGAGAGUGUCUCUAGCUCUAGCUCUUCUUCGUCUUGCACCACAUUGACUUCUUCGACCGCAGAGUCGACUUCUGGACAGGCUUACCCCAUCUCUUCCAGCUCUUCCCAGGGCCCUGGAUACCCUGCUUCAUCUUCUUCCAAGGGAUACGAAAACCCCAUCCCCAGCUACUCUCGGGAAAUCGUACCACACCCCAGCCCCUCUGCCGAGGGCUCCCAGGUCUACCCCACUGGUUCAGCGGUCACGAGUGCACCCAUCUAUCCUACAAACUAUCCCACCGGCCCUGCGGUCAUCACUACGACUUUUACUACAACCUACGUUGACAUCUGCUCGACCGGUCUGACCACCAUCACCACAACCAUCACAACAACCGCGCACCCAGAGGCUACGACGAGCGCGCCCGUCAUCCCCGAGGGCUGGUACACGACCGUCGUCGUUGUCGAGCAUUCGACCAUCACGCUGACCAAGCCCAUCGCCACCCCGACAGCCUACUACCCCAACGCAGCCCCCGCCCCAUCAGGCCCGGCCGCCUACGGCUACGAAUCCGCGCCUCCUGUUGCUCAGCCCUCUGGCCUCGCCUACGUCCCCGAGACCCCUGAACCGGCGACCACAGAACUCGCAUACGUCCCUGCCACGAGCACCGCGAGCGUCGUCUACCAGUACGUGACGCUAUCCGUUGUGCCCGUCGUCGUGGUGCACACGCCUUCUCCCGCGCCAUAUGCGGCCGCCAACAGCACGAGUGUGUACGUCCCCACUGCGAGUGGAACGGGCGCCGGGAGCUAUCCUACGAAGGUGCCCGUCGAGUUUGAGGGCGCGGCGAGCAGGCUCAAUGUCGGUGUUGGCGCCGUGGUGGUUUUGAUUGCGGCUUUCUUUGCGUUGUAGAUUUGUUCGAUGAGGAGGGUUGAUGUUUUGUAUUUGAUAUUUGAUAUUUGGUGAAUGGUGAUUGCAUAGCAAGGGGGUUUAUAUACUUUCC